CUCAGUGGUAUCACCCCCGUCACCUCUCCGCGGUCUAUGUCCGCCAAGAAGGUGUACUUGUUGUCCAUAUCCAACGUACUGGCACGCAAUAUUCCCGCAGGUAUCGAUGCCAGUGUAGCUUUCCACAUGGCCGACAUAAACCUGGAGACCGAGCGCGUGAAGAGCACCUAUCCCGUGUUCAAACUGCACGGCACCACCGAGUUCACCGCCACUCAAACGGAGUUUGAGAAAUUGGAGCUGAAGAUUGAACUCAAGCAUCACGGGAAGACGUUGGCGUCCUUCACAUUCAAGGCAGAGGAUAUGCUGGUGGGCCCCAGACACUACGACGUACAACUGGCGAGUAAAGGCGGUGGCAAGUCAUCCAAUAUGGGACGUGUGCGUGCGGAUAUAAAAUUAGAAGAACGUUGUGAAGUAUUAAUAGAACUCAAUGAAGUGCUCACAGAGAGCUUGGGAGUCAUGAAUAGGUGCCCUUUCAAAAUACGCUACUGUCUGUUGGUCGGAGACACAAAAAG